AUGUCUCGUGCAAUUAUCCCAGAAGGUAACCCCUAUUUACUCCAUGAAGCUCUCUCUAAAAGCUAUGUAGGAGAUGCAGGUCCUAUUCUUGACAUAAUGGCUGUCACGUUGGAAAGCAUGUUAAAUAUUACAGUCAUGGCGAGAACACUAAUUGCGGCUGUUUUCACAGGCUUUUCCAGAGGCACUUUUCCAUCAGUUUCUUCAAGCUAUGGUCUAUGCUGA